AUGGCACCCAAGUCCAUCCUGAAGAAGACGCCAGCGUCCUCAUCGGCGGCGCAACAGCAACGGCCAACGACGAAGUCGCGCGACGAGCGCAACCGAGAGAUCGCCCUGUACCACGCGAACCUCAUCCAGGCCCAGAAGGACGUCGAGGCGGCCAUCGUCUCCGCCAUCGAGACACUGAUCGACUUCCCCGCACACCCCAGCUCGACGUCCGCGUCGCCAGACGCCUCAGACGUGGCCGAGUUCACGAGGCUGGUGUACAUCUUCACUCCGGGCGACUACGACGAGCUGAUCGAGGAGCGGCGGAUCGACGGACGCUGCGGAUACGUCUUCUGCCGCAACGCGCCGAAGACGACGCAAGGCGGGGGCAGGCUGAAGAUCCUGGGCGGCGGUCGCGUCGUGGACAGAGGCCGUGCCGAGAGCUGGUGCUCCGCCGUGUGCGCAAAACGCGCCAUGUGGAUCAAGGUGCAGCUGAUCGAGACGCCCGCAUGGGAGCGCAGAGGCGCAGUCGAAGGCGGUCAGAUCGACAUCAUGACCGGGGAUGCAGACCAAGCGGGCUCGGCCGGCGCGCAGCUCCGUGGCGACGAGGACGACCUGGAGCGGAAGAUGAAGGAGCUGGCUCUGGAAAGGGGCGAUGGCGAGAAGCCGGCCAGGUCGGCUGGCAUGGUCAGCAACGUGCUCGUCGAGAAGGACACGGUCAAACCGCCGUCGGCGCCAGAGCCAGACGGUUCCGAACAGACGGAGGGCGAAGUCAUCGAGGGCUACAAGCCGAAACACAAGAAGAAAACGAAGGACGAGCCCAGCUUGGAGCUAGGCGAUCAGGAUUGGGUAGCAUGA